UGGCUGGUCGACGAAACACCCUCAGAUGAUUUGUUGAGAGCCCUGACACAAAGGAUAUAAAUAUAUUUUAUAGCAAAGAUACACCCCCUGUCUUCAUGACAAACAACAUAUGUGUGGAAUGGGUCACAAGGUGAGAAAGGAGUAUCACCCAGCCAGAUAGCAUUUGCUAUGAAGACUGUUCUUAUUGUACAGAGCUUGGCACCUAAAACAAGGCUCCGAUUUCAUCCCUGGUACUUCAUAUUACAGAAACACCAUUCUAUGGCAUACAUUAAUUGUCAACUCCAGAUACCUCUAACUCAAGUAAAACCCAUGUCCUUGACCACACGCCUAGACGAGCUCACUGAGGGGAGUGAGCCUAAGUCAUACACUAUCCCAGGAUAGGUGCAACAUCAGAGAUGACGUACAAUGGUUCCAGACACUACCCCACACAUCCUGUCUCAGACCUUAUCUCCCCCAAAGCCAAAGGAGGGAGUGACUGGGCACAGACAUUGUGGAGACAAGUAAUUGGUUCCCCAUUAAUUACGCCAUCCCUUCACAUGGUUUGUAAUAGGUAAAGAUACAUAUCCACAUAUGAAGACAAUGUUCCCUAAUGUCCUCUUCUCUUUCUGAUAUUCUGCAUAGCAACAGGGACAUGUGAUAGGCAAGCCUGACUUCUCCCUUCUCUGGGCCCCAGGUGACUGAGGCCCAUAUGAGGAAAGAAGUGCAACUGCCAACACCAGAGUCCAAAGGGAUAUAAUAUAAUAACAAGAGUUCAACAGUUUUAAUCAUAUAAGCAUUUUAAGCAGAUAAGACAUCUUAAUUAUCUAUGUUACCGAGCUAAUUCUGAUUCUCCCGCCACAACCACCAACCUGUUUUUGAGAAUACAUAUUCGGAAAACACAAGAAAAACAAGUGCCAUGAAUGAUGUUCUGCCAAAUUCUUCGGACACAMAUUUUUAUUUCAACAACAAUAAGCAAUGAAGCCUGGAAAAGCAAUGUAAAGCCAGUUUAAAUAUAUAUAUGCACCACACAUGAACUAGGGCUUAUAGCAAGAACCAUAUAGGGUGAAUUUGGAAUAAGUUGGACACUUUUAGUGUUUCCAUCUUCUGUAACCUUUUUCGACAUCUAUCCAACAUAUUAGCCCAACACAUGAUACAUUUCUGAAAUACUCAAGAUGUUUCCUAAUCACCCACACACACACCAAAAAAAUGUGAUAUCAUAUUCACAGGAGGCAUGACCCACCCAUUUGUUUACACUGAGUCAAAACCAUAUUUUCAGUUCGCAUUUGGUAGACUGGGACAGCAGGUUAGAUUAACUGGGACACAAUUAUUAUAGUCCUAAUUGUACCCCAAUGACAAUUAUAUUCAAUUUUGUGUGAUUGGGAAACAUCUGAGGAUUUCAGUAAUGUAUCAUGUUGGGCUAAACUGGAUCUCUUUCCUCCAUUGGAGAAGCCUUUAAGACUGUCCCACGUUAGCUACUCCAUGCUGUCCUAAUUUAGCUAGCUAUGGUUGGUAAAGCAGAAGAAAAAAAUACAACAUUUAAACAAUAGUUUAGAUUUCCUCUUAUCAGACCAAUAAAUAAAAGCCUCAGGAUUCAGAGAUGGGCAGUAUUUCUGUAAAACCCAAAAUAAGGUUUUGUCUAGAAGGGAUACAGCUUUAGUCAAAUUUGACUUUUCAUAGGAGGUUUAGGAGAACUAUGCAGCAGGUUAGGAUAAUUCAUGUAGCAGGUUAGGAGAAUUAGGUUAGACAUGACCCCUAGACAUUUUAAUUUUCACAUACAUUUAGGUAAUUUAAUACACACUCGUAUCCAGAAUGACUUACGCACUUAGAGUGCGUUCAACUAAGGUAGAUAAACAACUACAUUUCACAGUCAUAGCAAGUAAAACGUUUCUGUAACCAUUACUGAGAAUGUUGUUGAUAUGCGGGCUGGCUACUUGCAAAUGUAUUUUACAUGAUGUCCCAUUCUAUCCGAAUUCCCCCUAGGUGGAAUUAUUAGGUUUAUUACAGUCAGAUUUAAUAAAUGGUCAGAUUUACACACCAUACUCACCUCUCUCCUUAUUCUAAGGAAUAUUAUAUUAUAAAGAAUGUACGCAAGGAUUAGGCCUAUAAUAUUGACAACAAAAUCUACCAAUCAGCUCCCCUUCGAAGAAGGCAGACAGGCUGACGUCAGUCUGUCUGGCUCGCGCCGCGCGCUAGGAGGGAGAAAAGCGCAGAACGCGCGAGGAGGAAGAAGAAAAAACUCCAAGCAUGCUGGCAGAAUGGGGUCACGAACUAUGACCUUUUACAGAAGAAAAACAAAAACAAAUGUUUUUUUUUAAAUAGAAGACCCAGACCUAAAUCUGCAAUCUUUCAUCCGGUGGUUUGUUCUUAUUGAACAUAACCCUGCUUGCUGAUAUAAGAGAGGUUGCACACUGCAGUUGACAGAUGUCUUUGGCCUAGCUCCAGACAGGCCCCUCUAAUGACCUUACAUCACCAUGAUGACCAAUGUGGAGGUGCUUUCUCAGCAGAUAGUGGCGUCUGAGAAGGUGACGGAGGUGCAGACCUCUCCCGCUGACUUGUCAGUGAUGAGUGGCUCUCCACAACGCUUCCAGAUCAUCUCCACUGAGCCCUCAGCCACACCGCAGCACAUUCAGAUUGUAACGGACCAGCAGACGGGUCAGAAGAUCCAGAUAGUCACGACCAUGGAUCCCUUCAGCGGGCCCAAGCAGCAGUUUAUUCUGGCGGCGGCUGAUGGCUCAGGAACGGGCAAAGUCAUCCUGACCUCCCCAGAAAACCAGGGCACCAAGCAGAUCAUUUUCACAACCGCAGACAGCCUGGUACCCGGCAGAAUACAGAUUGUGACAGAUGCAGCGUCGGUGGAGCAGUUAUUGGGGAAGGCAGGGGACGUGGGCCGGCCUCAACCUGUAGAAUAUUGCGUGGUGUGUGGAGACAAGGCUUCAGGGCGUCACUAUGGGGCUGUCAGCUGUGAAGGCUGUAAAGGCUUCUUCAAGAGGAGUGUGAGAAAGAACCUGACUUACAGUUGCCGGAGUAACCAGGACUGUGUUGUCAACAAGCACCACCGUAACCGCUGUCAAUUCUGCCGGCUGAGGAAAUGCCUGGACAUGGGCAUGAAGAUGGAGUGUGAGUCACACCAACGCACGCACAUGAAGAUGGCCGUGCAGAGUGAAAGGAAGCCCAUUGACCUGCCCAGAGAGAGGCCUGUUAACUGUGCUGCGUCCACAGAGAAGAUCUACAUUAGGAAGAACCUGAUGAGCCCACUCAUCGCCACGCCAACCUUCAUCACCGACAGUGAUGGCUCCAGAUCCAGUCUGCUAGACCCAGGGAUGCUGGUGAACAUCCAGCAGCCUCUGAUCCAGGCUGACGGGACUCUACUGCUGGCCACAGACACCAAGUCUGAGUCGGGGCAGGGGGACUUGGGGACCCUGGCCAGUGUGGUGACAUCUCUGGCCAACCUGACCGACUCCCUCAGUGAGUCCCUGAACAACAGUGAUACCUCAGACGACCAGCAGGAGGAGCAAUCUGCCAGCGAGAUAACACGUGCCUUCGACACCCUGGCCAAAGCCCUGAACCCAUCUGAGUCGGGGGUGGGGCAAAACCUGGCGGAGGGUGGGGAGUGUGUGGGUGGAGCCACCAUCCAAGUGAUCAGCCGGGACCAGGUGACCCCCCUCAUUGAGGUGGAGGGCCCACUGCUCACAGACACACACGUCAGCUUCAAGCUGACCAUGCCCAGCCCCAUGCCAGACUAUCUGAAUGUGCACUACAUCUGUGAGUCAGCGUCCCGCCUCCUCUUCCUCUCCAUGCACUGGGCAAGCUCCAUCCCUGCGUUCUCCGCUCUUGGUCAGGAGAGUAACACCAGCCUGGUACGUGCCUGUUGGAAUGAGCUAUUCACUCUGGGGCUGGCUCAGUGUGCUCAGAUCAUGAGUCUCUCCACCAUCCUGGAAGCCAUCAUCAACCACCUCCAGAACAGCAUCCAGGACGGUGUUGUCUGCUGUUCCCCUGUAGAUAAGGUGUCUGCGGAGAGAGUGAAGCUGGUGAUGGAACACAUCUGGAAGCUGCAGGAGUUCUGUAACAGCAUGGCUAAGAUGGAGACAGACAGCUAUGAGUAUGCUUACCUGAAGGCCAUAGUGCUCUUCAGCCCUGACCAUCCAGGCCUGAACAGUUGCAGCCAGAUAGUGAAGUUCCAGGAGAAAGCCCAGAUGGAACUGCAGGACUAUGUGCAGAAGACUUAUCCAGAUGACACAUACAGGUUGACGCGUAUCCUGAUGCGACUCCCUGCGCUGCGUCUGAUGAGCUCCAGCAUCACAGAGGAGCUAUUCUUCACCGGCCUGAUCGGCAACGUGCCCAUCGACAGCAUCAUCCCUUACAUCCUCAAGAUGGAGACCGCCGACUACAACACCCAGAUCACCGGUCCCACAGCGUGACCCCCCGCCACCACCCCUAUCCACCCCCAAACCUCUCCAGCCCAUCUCUAGACUUGUACCACGUACCCCCCAAAAAACACCCUAAUUCUGAAACCCCCAUCUUUUGUCCUGCAAACAUUUGAUGUAAUUAAAAUACUCUUCGCAAGAUGCAAAGUCAUGGAGAAAUCCCUUUCGGGCCGUGUUGUUCCCAGAAAGUCCGCUCCUCAUCGUUUGUGAUUAUGGGUCGUAACUAUGGGGACCCCUGGAUGAGGGUUUGAUGGUUCUCUGAAAGAGAUGCAUGAUGGGACUGUGAGUCUCUUGUCCAGAUUCCGUAGUUCAGAGCACUUAACCCCCUGGAGAGGGAGCGGUACUGUGGCUAAUACGUCACUGUCACCUCUACUGCUUCAGCAAAAUGGCUUCAAUGUGCUGUAAAGUUGACCUUUUCGCUCAAGCCUUUCAAUAUGGUUUUAUCUUAUGCAGGCCUUACUGUACAUUCAUGCUCAACAAAAAGUAUAUCGAUUGAGUUACCGCUUGCUUCUGCCUCUAAUCUCGAUAACCUGUAUUUAACACUUAGCCGACAUAGACUAAGAAUGAGCGACGCUUGCCUGAAUGUCGUUACAUGAGUAAACUGAGACAUGAAUUGGUGUAAAGGCUUGUUGUGUUUUUGUACUUUGAACUUUACACCAGGUAUUACAAUGUAAAAAAGAAACAUUUAAAUGUAUGAAUAGCCUAUGUUAUGAUGCUGGUUCAUGCCUCAAGCUCUGUCUGUCCCUGAAACGUUUUGGUUGAAAAGACGACCAAUUCCUCUAAAUCAGGAAUAUGACUUAGUUCACAGUUUAAUAGCAGCUAACCUGGAUCCUUAAUCUACAGAGUAUACGAUGAUGGACAAGCCAUUUGUGUACUGAGCCACUCCAUUCAGGAUAAUAUUACAUGUGCUCUCCACUUCAGAUAGAACAUCAAAUCUAUUAUUUGUUUCAAACCGAACAGGAGAACAGUUAGAAUGGUUACAUUUCAAUUUUGGGGGGUUCAUUUCACUGCAAUUGUUAUGGAACUUUCCCUAAACCUGUCCAUAUAAUGACAGCCUGUUGCUGGGGAGGGUCAUCGAUCCUACAGAGAAGGAGUUUAGUAACAGUCUUGUUACUAUGUCUGCCUAAAGCAAAUGCACAUUCAUUAUAUGGUUUAACUUGAACCAUUUAGAUAAUGUGUUGAAGAUUUUGUUUGUUCAAUCACCACAUGACCCUGGCUCCAGGUAAAAGUUGCCCUUACCCAUAGAUAUAAGAUCAGAUUAUCCUGGUAGUUCUAACCUUUACUGUUAGAGAGGUAAAAUAAAGUCUUACAUCAGUGGUUAGGGGCAAUUUUAUGGCCACCAUUUUAUUUUGCUGUCAUGACAAUCAAGCCUUGUAUGACAUGAUGUCCUGUUCUGUGUCCAGUAUUUCUCUUUUCUGUUUAUUUAUUUCCAUCCAGCUGGUAUUAUACAGUGCACUGAGUGCAGUAACACACUGCAUACUGUAGUGAUCUCAGUCCACUUCCAGACUUACUUUACAGUGACUGUUUUAUUCAUAUGCAGGUAUUCACACCAUAGGAAAAAUAUAUAUUUUGAGUUCUCAAGACAAAAUGUGUUUUCCCUUUAAUAUUAGCAUGAUUUAUCUAUAGUUUCACUAUUGAAUGAACAUCAAGCAGGUAUUUUCCUUUUGUAUUCUUGCACAGUAUAUCGUUGUGUGAUAUAAUAGUUUCCAAAAUGUAAAAAUGUGGUUUGUUGUGAACAAAUGUAUUUGUUCCAUGUUAAGUGUACUUAAAGUACCACACCUCUAGUACCACGUGAAAAUAAUGUGUACAUUGUCCAACAGCAACAAAACCAGUAACACUAAUUUAUAACAUGUAAAGAAGUCAUAAGUAGGUAUGUACUCUAAAAUUAUAGGUGUACUGUUGUAAUAGCUGGUUUUAAAACCUGCAAAGACUGUUAUUUUGACUAUUCUGUGAACUGAGCUCUAUACUACAUGUAUUAUCAUUCAAAUGAGUGCAUGUCCUUUUUUUUAUCAGAGUUUUAUAAUAUUGCAACUUGCCAGUAUUUGCCCUGAAGAAAAUGAGCAUUGUUAUUGUUUUUGUAUAGUGCAUUGCUGUGCAUGCAAUUGCUUAUGCAUUUUAGUAAAUGCUGUACGAAAAAUGUGGAGUUUUAAUGUUGUGGCUUACAAAUGUUAUCAGCCUGAGCAAUUUCAAUGCAUUAACUACUAAAUGCAACAAAAACUGUUUUCUAUUGUUUACAUAUGACAUGGGGGGAUAUGGAUGGUGUUGUUUUUGGUUUGUAAAAGCCUUUGUUUCAAGUCUAGCUUUUUAAAUACAGUACAUAUAAAAAGUGUCUUUUCCUGUCGAAUGUGAUAUUGUAUUUGGAGAAAAAAAGAAACAUAUUCCAUGGCCUGAGGAACUUCACCUUUCACACACUAACCAAUGAGCCUAGUAACUUUAUGUUUUCUGAAGGUUAUUGUAGGCCUACAUAUAUUCUACCUCUUAACUUGACAGUGAAGACAACAAUUUGAUUCCUGUAUCACAGCAUUCCCUCUCAGGCCACUGGAACUGCAGUUAUCAGUGUAAUAAACAUAUCUUCAUAUA